AUGCGUGGAGAUGGUAGCCCAGUGAAGAAAUGGCAGAGUAAUUUUGCUGACUUUCAAUCCUUAUGGUCUGCCUUGUGGUCGAGAUUGGAGAAGGAGGAGUUAGAGCUUAUUGCAGUCACUUUCCACCAGCUCUGGAACAGAAGAAAUGCAAUGGUUCUUGAAAACCAGUUUAAAAGCCCCUCCACGAUCCUAGAACUAGCAAAGGCUGACUUGAGUCUCUUUAGAAAGGUACAUUGUAAGACCCCAGGUACUUUUGCGAGAAACCAGUUAGUGACUGAGGUUCUGAAAUGGAAACCACCAACAUGGCCUUUCCUGAAAGCUAACUUUGAUGCUGCUUUUGAUAAGAAGGAGGAAAGGAUAGGUAUGGGAGUUGUUAUCAGAGACAGCAAUGGUGACCUGCAGGCUACUUUGGUGGCCCCAAGGGAUAAUAUAGCCUCAGCUUUCAUGGCUGAAAGUGUUGCCCUCUUGAAAGCGAUGGAACUUUGUCAAGAACUGGGUUUCAAUAUGGUAGAAUUCGAAGGGGAUGCAAAAGCUGUAGUAGAUGCUGUCAAGUCAAAUGCAGAAGAUAACUCUUGGCUGGGGCAAGUUACUGAGGAUUUAAAACAGGUUUUUAGUUUGUCUCCGUUAUGGCAACUAUCCUCUGUACUUAGGUGCUGUAAUAAGGCAGCUCAUGAAGCUGCAAAAGUAGCUAUUAGAUCUAGAAGUGAAAGAGUGCUGUUAGAAGAGGGCCUACCCGAGUGUAUGGCUGUUGUAAUGUCAGACAAACCUUGUACUACUGUUUAA